GCCACCAUCACAUUUACCCCAAUGAAAACAUAUCACCUCUAGCAAGAAGGCUAGUUACAUCUCUCCGCCGCAAAAAUCAGCUGACAGUGCAACCCCCGCAGCAGGUUACUUCGACCAGUGCGCGAACUGGGAUGUCUGCAGCCGACUGGUACGCCCACAAAUCGCUCGGAGACGGACUCUUCUGGAUCCAGGAGCGAUUUUACCAGUCAGACAACCGGGCCAACAUCUGGUUGCUUCGAGGCUCGCACCAGGACGUAGUCAUAGACACCGGGCUGGGCUUGAGGAGCUUACCUGACUACAUCGACUCGAAGGGGCUGCUCGGCAAAGACCCGCAGAGGAAGAACCCGCUGCUGGCCAUCGCCACCCACGCCCACUUCGACCAUUCGGGUGGUCUGCAUCAGUUCCAACAGGUGGGCGUCCACAGCGCAGAGGUCGAUGCUUUGGCCAACGGAGACAACUUCGAGACGGUCACAUGGCUCAGCGACAGGGAGAUAGCCGAGGCUCCCAGUCCAGGAUGGAGGGCCAGACACUACAAAGUGAAAGCUGUGCAGCCCACUCACAUCCUGCAGGAGGGCGAUGUAAUUAACCUUGGGGACAGACAGCUGAUGGUGCUCCACAUGCCCGGUCACUCUCGGGGCAGCAUCUGCCUCCACGAUCGCGACAACAAGCUGCUUUUCAGUGGGGAUGUGGUGUAUGAUGGCGCCAUGAUUGACUGGCUGCCCUACAGCCGGGUCAGUGACUACAUCAGCAGCUGUGAGCGGCUGGUGGGGCUGGUGGACAGCGAGCAGGUUGACCAAGUCCUCCCAGGUCACUACAACACGUUUGGUGCAAAGCGGCUGAACAGGAUCGCGACCACAUAUAUCAGCAGAGCUGGCACGUGCCCUGCAAAGGUCUCCACGUUUGCCUGGAGCACUCUGGCCGGGGUGGCUCUGCGGGUUUGUAACCCACGGAGUGGCUGCUAAUGAGAGAAGAGAUGGUGGCGCUGGAGUAAGCACAAGUGCACACAAAAAUGUUUAAAUAUGGAGGACUUGGACGAGGGUGAGGAAUGGGGACCCUUAUUUAUCUGUAACUCGUUGUAACAUUGUUCAUUCACUUACGUAAUCCAACAGGAAACACAUAAUUGCCAAACUUUGUCGAAAAAUGCCACUAUUGGGUUACAUAAGUCAAUGAUAUCAGCAUCAUAUGAAGCAUAUAGUAUAAAGUAUUUAUGAGUGUAAUUCUGUUCUACAAUGAUGGAUAUGUAUAUGUUGCAUUAAAUAUGAUUAUAUGUAUGUUUUUAUACUCUGAGCAGUUAUGAAGUUAUUAUAGCACAAUAAUUGAACAACUCUGCACUGCAAACAGAAAGCAGGGAGCUAAAGUCCUAAUGGCCAUAGUAUCUCUCUAUGCAUUUUACAAUGCUCAGUGAAGACUCAGUGUCGACUACCUCCUGUGUUUGUAACAGUGCUUUGUACUUAUUUGACAAAUUUAAGGCUUUGCUAUGGAAACAUUGACAAUAAAGCCUCUGUUCUA